AUGAAACCAACAGCUAAGUCCCAGGAGAACCACGGUGAGAGAACAAGUGAGCCUUGAUAAAUAACGGGGUCAUAUGUCUUUUGACGUUAGGGUUCACAUGUGAAGUACUCCAACCCCGAAUUACUCCCCCUAUAAAGGACGAGCUGUUUUCUCCACGGGGCCACCCUAAUAACGCACUUCCAAUCUUUAUAAUGACUGAGACUGACUAUGAGGAUAACACUGCCUUUCUUGGAGAAUGGGGACCUUUCCAACAGAUGGUGUUCUUUCUCUUAUGUUUGAGUAUCAUCCCUAACGGCUUUACAGGUAUGUCUAUUGUGUUCAUCGGUGAUACACCAUCCCACCAUUGCCUCAUACCGGCAAAUGCGAACAUUACUGACGAAUGGAGAAAUCACAGUAUUCCUUUGGAGGAGGAAAGCGGGACUGUUGUGCUCAGUAAAUGCACCAGAUACAAACUCGAUGUCAUAAAGAGUUUCUCAGAAAAAGGUUAUGUCCCAGGGAUCGAUGUCAAUGUUUCCGAAAUACAACACGAGACCUGUUUGGAUGGCUGGGAAUACGAUCAAGGGACGUACAUCUCAACUAUUGUGUCCGAGGUAUGAUGAGAUUGUGCGCAUCCACUCUUUGCGACCGUUACAUCGGGUGUGGUUUUUGUUUCAUGCGGGUUGUCUGUCUGGAUACAAUGUAUUUUUUUAAUGGAAGUAAAACAUUGUUGCAGCGAGUGAAACAUUGUUGCAUUGCUUCCACUCAUUUUGUAGCAAUACUGGGGCAAAUUUUUAUGGGAGUAAAACGUUGUUGCAUCGAGUGAAACAUUGUUGCAUUGCUUCCACUGUCAUUUUGUAGCUAUACUGUGGCAACUUAUUUAAAUAUUUAGCAUCUUGGACAUCACAUGCAUUGAAAAAAGUGUUAACUUAUGCAGCACUGCACAGUUGGUAGCAUAUUCCAUCAUCAACGUUUGGUAUUGUAGGCUAUUCACAAUACGGGUUCCUACUGCAUAUUGCAUAAGCUAUACGAUGAGCUCACGUUCUGAAAUGUUUGCGGUUGGCUGCUUCACAAAAGGCUAUUGAUCUCAGAUAAACAGGCGUCCUCCAUGUGGUCCACAGUAGGCCUAGAUGAGUAAUGUAAACGUAUAGCCUACCAAUAAUCCCUGACGACAAAUGACAACAAUUUUAACAAAACCUAUUCAUCUGAUCUUCCCAAACUUCUCACCCCAUGUUCUUUUUUAUGAUUUAGCCCAAUGGUUGUUCAUGUUGUUUGUUCUGUUAAGAAAUGAUUUUGCCCAUCAUUCAUUAUCCCAUAAUGCAUUCAUUUUAUUGGCCUAAUGCGCUCUCUCUCUCUCUCUCUCUCUCUCUCUCUCUCUCUCUCUCUCUCUCUCUCUCUCUCUGUGUGUUUGUUUGUGUGAGUGUAGUGGGACCUGGUGUGUGCUGAUAAGUGGAAGAACCCAUUGACCUCUUCUGUGUUCUUCUGUGGUGUCUUCACUGGCUCCUUCCUCUCUGGGCAGCUCUCUGACAGGUAAUGGAUGGCCUGGCGGAGUCCCAAAUGGCACCCUUUUCCCUACAUAGUGUGCACUAUUUUGACCAGGGCCCAUAGGGCUCUGUUCAAAAAGGAGUACACUAUAUAGGGAAUAGGGUGGCAUUUGGAACAAACCCUAUGUCACAUGUUUAGCUUUGCUGUCCUCUUUAGUUGGGAUGCAUGGCUAUACGUAUUUUUCUGUUUUUCAUAAUGUUCUUAGAGAUAUUGCCCAUAUAACAAGUUUUAGCAGUACGCGCAGAAAACUGUUAGACAGUGUCCCAUAAGAACAUUUUAUAUUCUUACUUUGUUGGAGGAUCAUUUAGAAUUCUUAAUCUGAUUGAAGAUGUUUAGGAAAAGCCUACAAAAAAUCUGCAUGUGGAUGAUUUCAACCUAUCUUUUAUUUCUCUCAGGUUUGGGAGGAAAAUAGUUCUCUUUGCCACCAUGGGGGUCCAGACUGUGUUCACAUUUAUCCAAGUCUUCUCUCCAUCCUGGGUUUUAUUCUGUGCCUUAUUCUUUGUUGUCGGGAUGGGGCAAAUCUCAAAUUAUGUGGCUGCAUUUGUGCUAGGUAUCUUUAUUUAUCUUGAUCAUUCAUUCAUUCAUUUAUCCAAUGUCAUUAUUACACAGUUGUUACUGGUGUUUGAUGUGCACAAUGUUUUCCUUAAGCCCGAUGCACCAUUUAAUUUUUCAUACAUUUUGAAAUUCCUCUCAUCUAUAGGAACUGAAAUGUUAUCUCCAUCCAAACGGAUAAUCUACUCCACUCUUGGAGUUUGUAUUUUCUACACCAUCGGCUACACGCUCCUCCCAGCAGUGGCCUUCUUCAUCAGAGACUGGAGGAUGCUGAUGCUAGCCCUCACCCUCCCAGGGUUCCUCUAUAUCCCUUUUUGGUGGUAGGUGUGUGUAACAUACUGUAUGCAGUCUAUUCAAUCCUUCCCUAAAGCCCAUCCAAUUACUUGACUCUGAUAUAGCAUGAGUGCCAGUCUGUCUGUGCUAUCAUCCUAACUCCAUGUCACUAAUUGUCAUGCCAAUUAUUUUGGGCCUUGACAAUGACAGCAAUGGAGUUUGCAAGAGCAGAAACAGAUCUGGGACCAGGAUAGCUUUGAUAUGAACCUGGUUCUGUUUUGUGAUGUUGCAGGUUCAUCCCAGAGUCUCCCAGAUGGCUGCUGUCUCAGGGAAGAGUGCAGGAGGCUGAGGCCAUACUGAGAGACGCUGCCAGGAGGAACAGAGUCACAGCACCAGAGGUCAUCUUCCGGCCUGUACAGGUGAUUUCUUCACUCCCAAUCCCAGAUCAACCUUUAGCUUGUACCAUUAUGCACAUACUGGAGAUCUGAAAAGAUUGUGUAGGUAAUAACAAAAUGGCUAUAGCCUCACCAUACUCUCUAGAUUAGGUGGAUUUCUUUCCAUAUUUAUCACAUCAAAUCCUCUCAGACACAAAAAGGUAAUUUUGUUUUUGGACAAGUUGUUUGUUUGCCUUAAUCCAAAGAUGUUUGUCUAGCUUCUAUUUCAUUGGUACACUGCUGUGGUUCUUCCCCUUUAGCUUUAAUUCUUACAAUCUUGAGUUUUUCAGCGUCCUGUGUAGGUAAAAAUAAGUAAUUUCAUGAUAAAAAAGGACUUGAAACACUCUAGUUCACAGGUCACUUCAAAUCACUUACAUGUGAACUCACAUAAACCGCCAUGAUGACAGCUUAUGGACCGUGCCAAGUUUCACCCUGGCAACAAACACGCUUAUGUAAUUGGAAUUGCUCCGCUGCUUGUUAAUUCAUCUCUCUCCAAUUGUGUGAUUUAUUAUUAUUAGCAGCCUACUGAUAGGAAAAAACCCAACAACAUGGCAAUAAGGAAGAGAAUCCCAUGGUGUUAGGAAUGUCUGUCUGGCUGUUUACUAAUCUCACUGAGAACUCGACUAGUCCAGUCAAGGCUUCUCACUGUGAACUCGACUAGUCCAGUCAAGGCUUCUCACUGUGAACUCACUGUGAACUCAACAAGUCCAGUCAAGGCUUCUCAAGCUUUUGUUUCUGAGUUUCUAACCUUUUCCGGAGGUAUCAUGCAGGGUAUUGCAGGCCUACAGGUACACUACCAGUCAAAGUUUGGACACACCUACUCAUUCAAGGGUUUUUCUUUAUUUUUUACUAUUUUUUUACAUUGUAGAAUAAUAGUGAAGACAUCAAAACUAUGAAAUAACAUAUAUGGAAUCAUGUAGUAACCAAAAGUGUUAAACAAAUCAAAAUAUAUUUUAUAUUUGAGAUUCUUCAAAUAGCCACCCUUUGCCUUGAUGACAGCACACUCUUGGCAUUCUCAACCAGCUUCAUGAGGUAGUCACCUGGAAUGCAUUUCAAUUAACAGGUGUGCCUUGUUAAAAGUUAAUUUGUGGAAUAUAUUUCCUUCUUAAUGCGUUUGAGCCAAUCAGUUGUGUUGUGACGAGGUAGGGAGGGUAUAAAGAAAAUAGCCCUAUUUGGUAAAAGACCAAGUCCAUAUUAUGGCAAGAACAGCUCAAAUAAGCAAAGAGAAAUGACAGUCCAUCAUUACUUUAAGACAUGAAGGUCAGUCAAUAUGGACCAUUUAAAGAACUUUGAAAGUUUCUUCAAGUGUAGUCGCAAAAACAAUCAAGCGCUAUGAUGAAACUGGCUCUCAUGAGGACCGCCACCGUAAUGGAAGACCCAGAGUCACCUCUGCUGCAGAGGAUAAGUUCAUUAGAGUUACCAGCCUCAGAAAUUGCAGCCCAAAUAUAUGCUUCACAGAGUUCAAGUAACAGACAUAUCUCAACAUCAACUGUUCAGAGGGGACUGUGUGAAUCAGGCCUUCAUGGUUGAAUUGCUGAAAGAAACCACUACUAAAGGACACCAAUAAUAAGAAGAGACCUGCUUGGGCCAAGAAACACGAGCAAUGGACAUUAGACUGGUGGAUUUUUGGUUCAAACCGCCGUGUCUUUGUGCAACGUGGUGUGGGUGAAUGGAUGAUCUCUGCAUGUGUAGUUCCCACCGUAAAGCAUGGAGGAGGAGGUGUUAUGGUGUGGGGGUGCUUUGCUGGUGACACUGUCUGUGAUUUAUUUAGAAUUCAAGGCAUACUUAACCAGCAUGGCUACCACAGCAUUCUGCAGCGAUACGCCAUCCAUCUGGUUUGGGCUUUUUAUUUUAUUUUAUUUCACCUUUAUUUAACCAGGUAAGCCAGUUGAGAACAAGUUCUCAUUUACAACUGCGACCUGGCCAAGAUAAAGCAAAGCAGUGCGAUAAAAACAACAACACAGAGUUACAUAUGGGGUAAAACAAAACAUAAAGUCAAAAAUACAACAGAAAAUAUAUAUACAGUGUGUGCAAAUGUAGCAAGUUAUGGAGGUAAGGCAAUAAAUAGGCUAUAGUGCAAAAUAAUUACAAUUAGUAUUAACACUGGAAUGAUAGAUGUGCAAGAGAUGAUGUGCAAAUAGAGAUGCUGGGGUGCAAAUGAGCAAAAUAAAUAACAAUAUAGGGAUGAGGUAGUUGGGCGGGCUAAUUUCAGAUGGGCUGUGUACAGGUGCAGUGAUCGGUAAGGUGCUCUGACAACUGAUGCUUAAAGUUAGUGAGGGAGAUAAGUGUCUCCAGCUUCAGAGAUUUUUGCAAUUUGUUCCAGUCAUUGGCAGCAGAGAACUGGAAGGAAUGGCGGCCAAAGGAGGUGUUAGCUUUGGGGAUGACCAGUGAGAUAUACCUGCUGGAGCGCAUACUACGGGUGGGUGUUGCUAUGGUGACCAAUGAGCUAAGAUAAGGCGGGGAUUUGCCUAGCAGUGAUUUAUAGAUGGCCUGGAGCCAGUGGGUUUGGCGACGAAUAUGUAGUGAGGACCAGCCAACAAGAGCGUACAGGUCACAGUGGUGGGUAGUAUAUGGGGCUUUGGAGACAAAACGGAUGGCACUGUGAUAGACUACAUCCAAUUUGCUGGAGGCUAUUUUGUAAAUGACAUCGCCGAAGUCAAGGAUCGGUAGGAUAGUCAGUUUUACGAGGCUUAGUGGGACUAUCAUUUGUUUUUCAACAGGACAAUGACCCAACACACCUCCAGGCUGUGUAAGGGCUAUUUGACCAAGAAGGAGAGUGAUGGAGUGCUGCAUCAGAUGACCUGGCCUCCACAAUCCCCCAACCUCAACCCAAUUGAGAUUGUUUGGGAUAAGUAGGACGGCAGAGUGAAGGAAAAACAGCCAACAAGUGCUCAGCAUAUGUGGGAACUCCUUCAAGACUGUUGGAAAAGCAUUCCAGGUGAAGCUGGUUGAGAGAAUGCCAAGAGUGUGCAAAGCUGUCAUCAAGGCAAAGGGUGGCUAUUUGAAGAAUCUCAAAUAGAAAAUAUAUUUUGAUUUGUUUAACACUUUUUUGAUUACUACAUGAUUCUAUAUAUGUUAUUUCAUAGUUUUGAUGUCUUCACUAUUAUUCUACAAUGUAAAAAAUUGUUAAAAAAAUAACCCUUGAAAUCCCUUGAAUGAGUAGGUGUGUCCAAACUUAUGACUGGUAGUGUAGCUACUACUUUUCUCUGAAGUUUUAGUCCUGGGAGUUGUAAGACAAAGGCCUUUAUUCAUAAAGCGUCUCAGAGUACAGGUACUGAUCAUAUUUAAUGGACACAGGGACCUGAUCCUAGAUCAGCACUCCUACUCUAAGAUUCUUUAUGAAUACAAUCCAGUGUGUUUGACCUGCUUUGGUGUACAUGACCCGUAAAAUGACCUCCAGGCUUUAACUUGUGUUAUGUGUGUUUGCUCAUCUCCUUCACUUCUCAAUGUGCCAUGCUGUCAUUUAAGCCUACAACAUUAUGAAUUACCCUUACUUGUGGAGGUUGUGGUCCAUAAGAUGAUCACAGUGGUUGUCACUUGCUUUGAGAUAAUGAACAAAAAUAUAAACGCAACAUGCAACAAUUUCAACGAUUUUACUGCGUUACAGUUCAUAUAAGGAAAUCAGUCAAUUUAAAUAAAUAAAUUAGGCACUAAUCUAUGGAUUUCACAUGACUGGGCAGGGGCUCAGCCAUGGGUGGGCCUGGGAGGGCAUAGGCCCACCCACUUGGGAGCCAGGCCCAGCCAAUCAGAAUAAGUUUUCCCCCACAGGUGAGGAAGCCGGAUGUGGAGGUCCUGGGCUGGCAUGGUUACACGUGGUCUGGGGUUGUGAUGCUGGUUGGAUGUACUGUCAAUUUCUCUAAAACGACGUUGGAGGCGGCUUAUGGUAGAUAAAUGAACAUUCAAUUCUCUGGCAACAGCUCUGGUGGACAGUCCUGCAGUCAGCAUGCCAAUUGCAUGCUACCUCAAAACUGUGGCAUUGUGUUGUGUGACAAAACUGCACAUUUUAGAGUGUCCUUUUACUGUCCCCAGCACAAGGUAAUGAUCAUGCUUUUUAAUCAGCUUCUUGAUAUACCACACCUGUCAGGUGGAUGGAUUAUCUUGGCAAAGGAGAAAUGCUCACUAACAGGGAUGUAAACAAAUUUGUGCACAGAAUUUGUGAGAAAUAAGCUUUUUGUGCAUAUUGAACAUUUCUGGGAUCUUUUAUUUCAGCUCAUGAAACAUGGGACCAACACUUUACAUGUUGCGUUUAUAUUUUUAUUCAGUUGCUUUAUCCAAGCCAGGUUAGUCUACCUGACAUAUGAGCUGUCAACUUGUUCUGUAAUAGAAAGGGCCCUUCCUAUUUCUCAUCCCCAUCCUACUUCAUCUCUGUCCACACAGAUGGAUGAUUGUUGACAUAAUUUGUAUAACUCUCCUUUGAAACUCAUGGCUGAGCCUGUAGGUCAAUGCAUUGCACAAGUUGAAUCAAGCAUGCCUGUUGUGACGUGUGCUUUAUUGCACUGCAGAUAGAGCCCAAGGCUGGGAAGUUGGUGGCCCACAACAUCUGUGAUCUGGUGAGGUCCAGCAACAUCCGCUGGGUGUCCAUCACGCUGUGGUUGGUCUGGUGA